CCCCCUUUUCAGCUCCCCUCAACCCAUUCCAUUCCACUCUCUCUCUCUCUCUCUCUCUCUCUCUCUCUCUCCAUUUUUAUCGAGUUCCAAUUCUGCUAAUUUUCUUCAACUUAGACCCAAAAUCAUGGAAACCAACUCGGUUUCCAAAUGGGUUUUGUUGUUCUUCGUUGUAAUCCAACUGGGUGCUCAAGGAAUUCAAUGUAGUGUCACUUACGAUAGUAAAGCCAUCGUCAUCAAUGGUCAAAGAAGAAUACUCAUCUCUGGUUCGAUACAUUAUCCUCGAAGUACUCCUGAGAUGUGGGAAGAUCUUAUAAUGAAGGCGAAAGAAGGAGGACUUGAUGUGAUUGAAACUUAUGUGUUUUGGAAUGUUCAUGAGCCUACUCCUGGCAAUUAUAAUUUUGAAGGGAGAUACGAUUUGGUGAGAUUCUUAAAAACUGUGCAAAAAGCCGGACUUUAUGCUCAUCUUCGAAUUGGACCUUAUGUUUGCGCUGAAUGGAAUUUUGGAGGGUUACCAGUUUGGCUGAAGUAUGUUCCUGGUAUUAGCUUUAGAACCGAUAACGAGCCAUUCAAGAGGGCUAUGAAGGGUUUCACUGAGAAAAUUGUGAACAUGAUGAAGAGUGAAAAGUUGUUCGAAACCGAAGGAGGUCCAAUUAUCCUCUCUCAGAUUGAGAAUGAAUACGGGUCGAUAGGAAAGGCACUUGGAAGCGCUGGACAUAAUUACAUGACUUGGGCUGCAAAUCUGGCCGUUGGAUUGGGGACAGGUGUCCCAUGGGUCAUGUGCAAGCAAGAUGAUGCUCCGGAUCCAGUUAUAAACACAUGCAAUGGUUUUUAUUGUGACGCUUUUACCCCUAACAAACCAUACAAACCAACAAUUUGGACCGAAACUUGGAGCGGAUGGUUCACAGAAUUUGGUGGGCCCAUCCACGAGAGGCCCGUUCAAGAUUUAGCGUUUGGUGUUGCUCGAUUCAUUCAAAAGGGUGGAUCUUUCUUUAACUACUACAUGUAUCAUGGAGGAACGAAUUUCGGUCGAUCUGCUGGAGGCCCUUUUAUCACUACUAGUUAUGAUUACGAUGCUCCACUUGAUGAAUAUGGUAUAAUCAGACAACCGAAAUAUGGGCAUUUAAAAGAGCUUCACAAAGCUAUUAAACAAUGUGAGCCUGCAUUAGUUUCUUCAGAUCCUACAGUUACUUCUUUGGGUAGCCUUCAACAGGCGCAUGUAUUUUCAUCAAAAUCGGGACAUUGUGCAGCUUUUCUUGCGAAUUAUAAUCCAAACAAUGCAGAAAAAGUGAUGUUCAACAAUAUGCAUUAUAAUUUGCCUCCAUGGUCUAUCAGUAUCCUUCCUGAUUGCAAGAAUGUUGUGUUUAACACUGCUAAAGUUGGAGUUCAAUCAACACAAAUGGAAAUGUUACCAACAAAUUCGGAGUUGUUUUCAUGGGAGACGUAUAAUGAAGAUUUAACAAUGGCGGAUGAGAGCUCGACUUUUACUACUUCUGGUUUAUUGGAGCAAAUUAAUGUUACUAGAGAUACUAGUGAUUAUCUUUGGUAUACAACAAAUGUUGAAGUCGGUUCUUCCGAAUCGUUUUUGCGAGGCGGGGACCACCCGAAGCUUUUGGUACAGUCAACGGGUCAUGCUCUUCAUGUUUUUAUCAACGGAGAACUUUCAGGUUCGGCUUUUGGAACACGUGAAAAUAGAAGAAUUACUUACAAAGAAAACGUCAAUCUCCGCCCCGGAAACAACAAAAUAUCACUACUCAGUGUCGCAAUGGGAUUACCGAAUAUCGGAGGACAUUACGAAACAUGGGAAACCGGCGUCAUGGGUCCGGUCGCACUCUACGGUCUUGACCAAGGGAAACAAGAUCUCUCAUGGGCAAAAUGGACCUACCAGGUUGGUUUAAAGGGAGAGGCCAUGGAUGUCAUUUCAACAAACAGUUUUUCAUCCGUUGAAUGGAUGCAAGGUUCUCUUAUCGCUCAAAAACAACAACCGCUGACGUGGCACAAGGCUUCUUUUAAAGCGCCUACGGGAGACGAGCCAUUGGCUUUAGACAUGAGCAGUAUGGGAAAAGGUCAAGUAUGGAUCAACGGUCAAAGCAUCGGCAGAUAUUGGACCGCGUACGCCACAGGGGAUUGCCACGGGUGCCACUACGCCGGAACAUACCGCCCUCCAAAAUGUCAACUCGGAUGCGGUCAACCAACUCAACGAUGGUACCAUGUGCCUAGAUCGUGGUUAAAACCAACGGACAAUUCAUUGGUGCUAUUUGAAGAACUUGGGGGCGACCCGACCCGUAUUUCACUAGUCAAACGGUCAACAACCACCAUAUGUGGUGAUAUGUUUGAAUAUCACCCGAAUAUUAAAGAUUGGCAUAUCGAAAGCUAUGGAAAAACACAAGAGCUUCAUAGACCAAAAGUUCAUCUCCAUUGUGGGCCCGGGCUAACCAUAUCCGCCAUUAAAUUCGCAAGCUUUGGAACUCCAAUGGGGACAUGUGGCACUUUCCAACAAGGCACUUGUCAUGCCCCUGCAUCGUAUGAUGUAAUUGAAAAGAAGUGUAUUGGGAAAGAGCAAUGUGCAGUGACGAUAGCAAAUAGCAACUUUGGGGAAGACCCGUGUCCGAAUAAAUUGAAACGGUUGACAGUUGAAGCGAUCUUCAACAGAAAGCCAAAAUAUCGAUGUGGAAAGCGAAGAGUUUGUCAUUCGGAGAGACUUGCGAAAUUAGAUCUUCAACAGAAAGCCAAAAUAUCGAUGUGGAAAGCGAAGAGUUUGUCAUUCGGAGGACAUCUCACCUUAAUCAAAUCUGUUCUCAACAACCUCCCCACAUAUUAUUUCUCACUUUCUAAGGCACCUGCAGAUAGAAUCACCACCAGAGGCUUUACAUGGAAAUGGAAGACACAACAUAUGGUUGAUGAGGUUGCAAAUGAUUUUCAGAGCUUAUGCUCUUUACUUUGUGAUGUCAAUAUGACUCUCGUUGCUAAUGGUUUUCGUUUCAACAGGAAUUCGGAUGGCAAAUACACGGUGAGUACCUUAAAGAAGUUGCUAGAAUCAAAAGCCCCUAAAUCGGACUCUGAUGUGCAAAUCAAUUGGUCAAAGGUUGUCCCACUGAAAAUAAGAUGCUUUAUAGGGAGAGUCUUGAUGAGUAGAAUACCGGUGGCUACAAACUUGGAUGUAAGGGGUAUAAAAGUCGAAACGGAUAUAUGCCCUAUAUGUAAUAAAGAGAAAGAGACUUGUGAUCACUUAUUGAUUAGGUGUGAAUUUGCUAUGGAGGCUAGGUCAUGGAUCUUCAAAUGGUGUGACAUAUCUGUCACCACGUUUAAUCCCGUGACAGAUUUCAUCAGAUUUGUGACAGGUUGGGAAACUUGUAAACGCAAAAUGGAAAGGAUAAAUACAGUAAUUUAUGGAAUGUUAUGGUUCGUAUGGGUGACAAGAAACAAUAAGGUUUUCAAACAGAUUAAUACAAAUCCUGCAAAAAAUUGCAGAUGA